AUGAUAAAAACAAUUGUACCACGUGUAUCGAAAUUAGCAAUUAUUCCAGUAGGUCGUGAAAGUUUAUUGAAUGCUAUUAUUCAUUUUGAAAAAUCCAAUGAUCAAAUUUCAAAUCGAUGUAUUCUUUCACUUAAAGAUAUAUGUACUCGUCGUCUUCUAUUAUUUGUCGGUGAUGAUCAUGAGAUAUAUAAUCAGUAUUUAUCAUCUCAACUUGUUCGAUAUAUUACAUAUGAUUAUUUGACAGAAACAAAUAAUAAUCAAUAUCGAUUAAUAAAUAAUGAUGAAUUGUUUUCUAAUUCAAGAUUAUUAGUUUGUCGUAAUUGUUCAUUGAGCAAUUUGGGUGCAUCAAAAUGUCGUCGUCGGAAAUGCUUAGCAAAUCGAGUACGUCAAGUUCUUAAUCAAUUAUCAUGUCAAAUAAUUCCAUGGGAAAAACGAGAACAAUUUCUUAUUCUUGAAAAUAACGAUGAUGAUGAUGAUGAUGACGAUAAUUCAAUUGUGUUUAUUUAUCUUAAGUCAAAUUGUUCUCGACAUAAAUCUUCGCAACAACGUCAUGAACAAAAUAAUGAUCGAAGUUGGAUUCAAAAACAAUUGUAUUUAAUUGAUUUGCUUCGUAUACUUCAUAUUAAUAUAGCUCGAGAAUGA